CAGCCGAUUUAGUGACUGGAUGUUGACAACUAUAGUUUCUUAAGUUAGUUAAUUUAUUCUCCAUUGUUUGGAAUAUAAAUAAAAUUGAUCAACAACUUCCGCUAUUUGCGAUAUCACUGCAUCAUUACCAUUAUUCAGCGUUAUUAACAGAACAAUAUAACGCUUAACUAUUCGCGUUUUCAAGUCAUUAUCCAAAAAGUAUGUCACUAAUCGAUAAACUACAAGAACCUGAUGACAACAUACCGCUGGCCGACGAGGACACACAAGUUAUCAUCAAUGACGAUGACCCACAUCAACAUAAUAUCCCAAAUGGUCGCUCAAUGGAUUCACUUCGUUCAUCGUUUACUAACCGUAGCACCACCCCUGACUCAUCACAUAACUCUUUAGAAACUGAUGUCAGCCCUGAUGAGAAGGAGGAAAAAGCUCGCCUUAUUACACAAGUGUUAGAACUGCAAAAUACACUCGACGACCUUUCACAACGUGUCGAUUCCGUUAAAGAGGAAAAUUUAAAGUUGCGUUCUGAAAAUCAAGUUUUGGGACAAUACAUAGAAAAUUUAAUGUCAGCUUCUUCAGUAUUUCAAUCAACAAGUCCAAAUGCGAAAAAGAAGUGAACAGCUUCAGCGUUAGAUACCGAAGAUCCAUUUGAACCAAAAAACGCUAUGCGCCUUAAGUUGGUUUAUACUUUUUUUUUGAGUUUAUGACCAAAUACGAGCAAAUAUAAUCUUAAAAUUACUUAUACUAACAGGGAAUUUACAUGAUUCAACUUUCACAGGCGAUUAGUUGAACCAAAAGUUGAACGAAAGUAGGCAGCCGACAGACUUCAUUGAAAGCGAUUAGUUGAAAGGCCGUUUACAUCAGGCGAUUGUUGCUUUAAACUAAAAAUCGCCUCCUGUAAAUUCCCUAGUAUGUAUGAGUUUCGAAGCAUGUUAGUAAACUUUGUUCAUGUAACCUAUUGAUAUUCACCUAAAAAUAGUUUCAUUACAUUUCAAAUCCAUAUCGAUGGUCCCAUGCAAUAACGACACAAUUAAAAAUUCAUAUUACUUACUUUAGUAAGGUUUAGACAAGGAUUACAGACAUGAGCCACUUAACAGUAGUAAGGAUUUUUUUAGUUGUCAUUGCAGAGCACCAUCGAUAUGCAAAUAUUGCAUUCAUGUAUUAGCUAACGUUUUCGAAAGAACGCUCCAUUUAUUUAUAAUCAACAUUUAUGCAUUAUGUAUGUAUAUUUUUUUAUAUAUAUUACAGCUAAACACACAUAAAACAUUUGCUACGCGAUAUCAAAUAAAAUGCCUUUUUCUGAA